AUGGAGAAAGGAAGAAUUGUGUUGAAGAUUGGGAAUGGGAAGAAGUGGAACAUGAUUCCUCCUGCUGCUUAUUGGAGGUCUGCCACAUCUAAGGCUUCAAAUCGAGCUGCCGUUCAUGGAGUUAAACCUCCUGUUUCUCACGUCAUAGAAAAAGAGGAACUGGAAAAGGAGAUUCAAAAGGCCAAAGAAGAGAAGGAAGCCCAGAAGAAACAGAUUGAGAAGAAUGUAGAAUCCCAUAUCAACGACUGCUCCAAACCUGAUUCCUCUUCUGCUCUUUGA